AUGCUAUUGACAAGACCAUUCCAAUCCCACAAUCAUUUUCAUCAACAGAACACAGCCAACACUGCUUCCAACGGCAUCGACGCCAACAGCAGCACAUAUAGUCAAAGAACAAGCACAAAUCCGAGGAGCAAUUUUGCACACGGCUACAACACACAACCACACGAGAUCCCCCGCGACAUCGACGCAAACAUCGACCUGGGACUCGACGUCGACUUUAGCCCGCUCAACGCAGAUUCGGACAUCGCCUUGUCGCCGUUCUCGACAAACUCGUGGCUCUCGUCGAGCUCACCUUCUCUGAUGAGCAACGCUGAUCUGAUGCCGACGUCUGAGAGCUGGUAUGCCCAAAGCCACAUCAGCAACAAGCCAGGACAUAGAACAUCAGCGCACAACAGGGAGUCUUCGCUCUCUUCACUGGGCUCGGCCGGCCCGGCGUCGCCUUACUCGCAGUCUACGACAAACCCACAGAUCGCCGUGACAGACUCGUUGACGGAUGGGUUCGGAGGCAGCAACAUGUUCAACUCGAACGAUUCUUACUACCACCUGGCAAAGUCCUUUGGCCCCGGCCAGGACGGAAGCAAUUUUUCACCAAACUACCCAAACCAGCUGCACACCAACCCCACAGCAACCACAUAUAACCAUAUGCUGGCGCAGCAAAAGCCCAAGUCGGAGAGGGGACUUUUACCUCCGCCCGAGCUAUCCGCUAGCAAUGCGUCAAAGUCACGCCCGGUCUCGGUGGCGAGCUCGGUUGCUUCUCAUGACUCACCAGCAACGCCAUGCAACGUUGAGGCGGAAGAUGAGAGGAGACAGAGGCAUGCCGCCAGCCUUCACGUCGUCCCAAAGCUCGACAGGACAAUGACCGACAUUUACAACGACGAGCUGUAUAGCCCCAACUUCACCUUGAGCACUUCAACUCCGUCACACACACAGCCUGCGCAAAACCCUGGCUCUCCGCAUCACGACAUGUUUGCGCAGAGACUACAGGCAGCCCAGCAGCACCUUAGUGCUGCCCAGACUCCGGUAACGACCGUGUCUAGGGAUCGCUCACCAUUCCGCAAUGGAUCGCCCCUCGCACCGACACCCAUGCACGACUUUGGCAUUGACCGGCAAGGGCAGGCUCAGCAGCCAAGGCAGCUGGGUUUCAAGUCAGCUCAGCAGCUCCGGGAGCAGCACAAGGCAGAGCAGGACGAUGAGGUCCUUCGUCAGCAGCUGAACAGGGGAUCAAACGCAGCGACACCUCAAACAAUAUCGCCCAAGGACGCCAUGCUUGAAUUCAACGACAACGAUGAUCUGAACAACGUGCCACUAUUCGCGCAGACAUCUUCAAAUGGCAUGAGCGGCUUCACCGAGGACGAGCUCAACAAGGCUGUCGCCGCGGCUGCUGCUGCAUCUGCUGCCGCACAGAGCAGCCAGGGUUUCGGCACUCAUGGCCUGCCCAUGGACACGAGCGCAUUCACCUUCACAGCGGCACCCAUGGCGCCCACGAUACAGAUUCCUCAGGCUUAUCCAUUUGUUGGCGCUAGCCAGAUGUCGAUGCAACAGACUCCAGUCUCGAUGCGCGGUUCAUCAUCUACCCCGGGACAUCUGUCGGCUACAAGCCAUUCAAACAGCACCCACAGCAGCAUCAGCCCGAGCAUGAACAGCCCUGGGAGGCCGGAGGGUAGGAUCAGCGCUGACGGCGGCACGUACACCUGUACUUAUCACGGCUGCAGCCUCCGGUUCGACACACCAGCGCUCCUGCAGAAGCACAAGCGUGAGGGACAUCGUCAGGCACAUGGCCUCAGCACAAGUGGACGCAGGACAGACAUGGAGAUGGGGCAUGGCGGAGACGGCAUGACGUCGCAGCUCCUCAACACACAGCACGGGCCCCACAAGUGCAACCGCAUCAACCCGAGCACAGGCAAGCCCUGCAACACCAUCUUCUCCCGACCUUACGACCUUACAAGGCACGAGGACACGAUCCACAAUGGCCGCAAACAGAAGGUUAGGUGCGAUUUGUGUACUGAAGAGAAAACGUUUAGCCGCGCGGAUGCGCUUACGAGGCACUACCGAGUUUGCCACCCCGAUGUCGAGUUUCCCGGCAAGCAUCGUCGUCGAGGGAUGCAGGGAAGCAACAACAAUCACUGA